AGUUGGCUGGAGCGCUAUUGCGCAUGCGUAUCAACUACAGGGGUGGGUGCUGGGGUUGAGGCUUUCGAUUAAUACCGUAGGCACCACACCUGUUGGUGUUCAGAUGGAGCAGGACACUAGUCAUCCAACUAACAGAAAAGUUCCAGCCAAAGAGGAGGGUAAUGCUGUGCCUCUUUGUAAAGCAAAACCCUCCCCCAGCUAUAUUAAUCUUCAAGCAAGUUCCCCACCAGCUACUUUCUUGAACAUCCAGACAACAAAGCUGCCCUCAGUUGGCCACAAGCCCAAGGAAUGCCUAGGACUCCUAGAAUGUAUGUAUGCCAAUCUCCAGCUUCAGACUCAGCUCGCCCAACAACAGAUGGCUAUUUUGGAAAAUUUGCAAGCAUCCAUGACACAACUGGCUCCUGAGAGGGAAAGUAAGAACUCCUCUCUCCCAUCUUUAUCUCAUCAUCUGUUGUUAAAUCACCUGCCCCAAUUCAGUAAAUGAAUUGUGGAACAAA